AUGCUUGUAACUUUAGUUCGUCAACCUGAAGUACGAUCGUUGCUAACUUUCAUUUUUUCAAUUCUUAUUUUAAUUCUUUCGGCUUUUUCUAUCUUUCUACCAUCAUUCAUUUGGACAUGGAUAUCAGCAAGUUACAUAUAUCUUUUAUUAUAUUUUACGGCUGUAUUUCUUCUUAUGCGAUGGUGGGCUCGAGGUGGUCAGUAUUCAGAUAUUAACAGUGUUGAUCUAGAAGGGCAAACAUUUUUAAUUACUGGUGCUGGUGGUGGAAUUGGUAAAGAAACGGCAAUGGAAUUGGCAAAACGAGGUGCACGAGUGAUUCUUUUUGCACGUCGAGGAAAUUUGACUGAAGCUGUUAAUGAUGUGAAAAAAGCAGUACGAUCACCAGCUAAUAUUGUUGGUUAUAUGCUUGAUUUAUCUGAUUUACAAUCAAUAAAAUCAUGUGUUGAAGAAUUUAUGAAAAAUGAAGAUCCAAAUAGAAUGAUAACAGCUUUAAUUAAUAAUGCUGGUGUUAUGGCUUGCCCUUAUUCGAAAACUAAAGAUGGAUUUGAAUUACAAAUGGGCACUAAUCAUUUUGGUCAUUUCUAUUUUACGAAACUUCUUUUAUCACGUCUUUAUUCAUCACGUAUUGUUAAUGUUUCUUCUUUGGGUCAUGCCUUAUGGCGAGUACCUUGUGAUAUAGCGCAUUAUACUCAAAUGUGUAAUCCAAAUACUUAUAAUCGAUGGUCAGCUUAUUCAUUGAGUAAAUCAGCAAAUAUUUUAUUUACUCGUGAACUUCAACGACGUUAUUCCACAUCACAUAAAAUACGUUCUUAUUCAUUACAUCCUGGUGGUGUCAAUACACAAUUAGAUCGACAUAUAAGUGCUAGUAAUAUUAUACGUAAUUUAGCAAAACCAAUACGAUAUUUGUUAUUUAAAACACCAUUAGAAGGAGCACAAACAAAUCUUUAUUGUGCAUUAUCAGAUGAUGCUAAACCAGGUGCAUAUCAUGCUGAUUGUCAACCAAUGCCAGUAGCUAAUAAAUAUGUAGAAGAUGAUGAAAUAGCUCGUGAAUGGUGGGAUUAUUCUGAGAACGUUAUUAAUGAAAAACUUAAGGAUAUUGAAAACAAAUAA